AAGCUCUAAUUCUCAGCCGAUGUCCGACAUAACAAAUAGUGGGACAUUUCUGCAAGCUUCAUCUCCAAUCGACACUGCUCUUUUCUUUGUGUUCGCCGCCUUUGUGCUCAACGUGAUUGUCGUCAUAAUAGCCUUCUGCUAUUUCGACCCGGCGCCCCACGAACCGGCGUUCGUCUACCGUACCUAUCACACCCUGCGGCGGUUGAGUCGACGCAAUGGAGAAGCUCGAAUUCGAAUGUCCAUCAAAUCAGAAGAGCAGGAGGAGGAGAGCAACGACUCGCCGGCUCAAGUGCUAUUUGUGUAGAGAUCGAAAUAUUGCUUCUUCUUCUUCUUCUACUUCUUCCUUCUAUACUAGCAACCCCUCUGUCUGUAGUGUGUGUAUGAAUUUUGCAAGCGCGCUUUUUGAUGGGCUUUUUGAAAGGGUGAAUACUCAUUUUCUUGGUAAGCAGCCGACAUUUCGCGGGUCGGUGAAAUUCUAGGAGAGCUAUAUAGCAGCCGACGCCUUGCGGGUCGCUCAAGCAGCCGACAUUUUGCAGUUUGCUUAAGCAGCCGACAUUUUGCAGGUUGUUUAAAAAGCCGACAUUUUGCGGGUUUCUUGAGCAGCCGACACCUUGCAGGUUGCUCAAGCAGCCGACACCUUGCUGGUCGCUUAAGCAGCCGACACCUUGAUGGUUGUUCAAGCAGCCGACAUCUUGCAGGUUUCUUAAGCAGCGGACACCUUGAUGGUUGUUCAAGCAGCCGACAUCUUGCAGGUUGCUUAAGCAGCCGACACCUUGAAGGUUUCUUGAGCAGCCGAUACCUUGCGGGUUGCUUAAGCAGCGGACACCUUGAUGGUUGCUCAAGCAGCCGACACCUUGCUGGUCGCUUAAGCAGCCGACACCUUGAUGGUUGUUCAAGCAGCCGACAUCUUGCAGGUUUCUUAAGCAGCGGACACCUUGAUGGUUGUUCAAGCAGCCGACAUCUUGCAGGUUGCUUAAGCAGCCGACACCUUGAAGGUUUCUUGAGCAGCCGAUACCUUGCGGGUUGCUUAAGCAGCGGACACCUUGAUGGUUGUUCAAGCAACCGACAUCUUGCAGGUUGCUUAAGCAGCCGACACCUUACAGGUUGCAUAAGCAGAUGACACUUUACAGGUUGCUUAAGCAGCCGACACCCUGCAGGUUUCUAGUGCAGUCAAAGCUUGUAGAUUACUUUAGCAGCCGGCGCUUUUUAGAGUUUGUAUUGCAGCCGUCGACAUCUCGCUGGCUCCAAAUUCGAAAAUGAGUAUUCACCACUAGCCGCCGCACUAACUUUCUUUCCUAUUUCACCCCAAAUCUCUGAAAAUCAUUGACCAUUUUUUGCAGUUCAACUCCUGGUCAACAACUACACUGUGACGUGUGCUCUUCGGUUCUGAAACUGGUAUAAUUUAUGGGAUUUUUAUUUCGAAUUUUUCUUCUUAUUUUUGGUCUUGUCUGUGAAUAUUUGAUCUCUUCCCCAUUUCACUCAUUCGAAUUUUUCGUGAUUCCUGAAAAUGAACAUUUUAUAAAUUAUUUAUUAUG